AUGCCCUUGCCCUUUGGCUUGAAAGCCCCUUCGAAAGGAACACUUAUCUUUAGUGGCGUUGCUGGAGCAAUCAGUGGCAUCGUCUAUACAAGUAACAAAAACGCCGAAGAUGCUAGACGUCGACUUGCACAAAGAGUGUCAUUCCUUGCUGACAGACCUUGCGGUGUUCAUGAAAUGCCUAGAAAAGUGCUUGUAUAUAUAUCUGCACCACCUGGUGAUGGUCUUGAGAAGAGCAGAAAUUGGUUCCGUGAAUAUGUCAAGCCAAUUCUUGUUGCAGGCGCUAUAGACUAUGAAAUCAAAGAAGCUAGAUCAGCAGGACAGAUUGAGAAUUCCGUUAUUGAAGAAGUUGUAAAGCUUAGACGUGAGACAGAAGAGGCAUCGAAAUCAACUGAGGAAAAUCAAGAAAAAACAGACAAUGUAGAAAUGAUUGGACAUAGUAACAACCCUUUCACGUCUCCUCAAAUGAACGACAUGUUGAAGAACAAGGCUGCCAAUAAAUCUGAAUAUGAUGGCAUCUUGGCCAUUGGUAGAAAUGCAUAUCGUGAGGUGCUCAGUGGAUUAUCGAAAGGAUGUGAUGCCAGCCUUACUGUUGUCCUAGAGGAGGAGAAGGCUCCUGAGAAGGUUACAGAGGAAGCCGCUAAUCAACCCAAAGACGACAACGAGGCACAGAACCAACAGCCUGAACAGAUCGAAGCCGCUCCAGCGACACUGGAAGAGCAACCCACCGAGACAGAAGGAAAUGCUGGCAUGGAAUUACAACCAAAGGAAGAAGAGAGCUACUUUUCAUUGCCAUCAAAAUUCUCUCCAGUGAUGUAUGUGCCUCAUGUUAACAUUAUUGGUUGGUCUAAUAUCCCUUACCGACUCUGGAUGUGGUAUUUCGAUAACAAACGCAUCGAUGAAGUUGGAAAAUAUGUGGUAGCAGCAGUUUUAAACAACACUCGACCUAUUGAAGAAAGAGAUGUCGAUUUAGGUCAGCAGGAGAAGAAGUAUUGGAUUGGCGAUGAGGAAGUCGAAGAAUUGAAAAAGAACGAUGGCCCUAUUGUGAUUGAUGAAAGAAUCAUGGAUAAGCUUAGUACUUAUACCAGUGAAGAUCUACCUUGA